GUUAGAUACCCGCAAGCACGCUGUAGAUUGCCAGUCCUACUUAUGUUAGAGCAGGCGAUGAUACUUUUGGCGCGAAAAUGGGUAGCGCGGGCAAGUAUAAUCACUAAUCAGUAAUCACUAAAUCAGUAAUAGCUAGAACAUAAAACACCAAACAUAUUUGGGGCUUUUGAUUUUGGGUCUUUGUUUUGGUAUUAUCGGUAAGGCAAGCGGCAUGGAUUGUUUACCAGCUGCAAAGCGACGGCGUGAGAGCAAAGACCACGGCGACGUUGAACCCUCAGCCUCAGCAGCUGCUCCUGUGGUUGUGUUGGCUCAUGGGGCCGGUGCUCCUUCCUCUUCUGAUUGGAUGAAAAGAUGGAAGAGAAUGCUGAAGGAGGCACUCCAAGCUGCUGAUGUUGUCACUUUUGAUUAUCCCUAUAUCACUGGAAAGAAGAAGGCUCCUCCAAAGGCAGAAAAAUUGGUGGACCCUCACUCUGAAAUUGUCAAGCAAACUGCUGCUAAGUACCCUGGUCAUCCCAUCAUACUUGCAGGCAAAUCAAUGGGUUCAAGAGUGGGAUGCAUGGUGGCUAGCUUGGAAGAUAUUAAUGUUUCUGCUGUUGUAUGCCUUGGCUACCCGUUGAAGGGAAUCAAUGGUGCAAUUAGAGAUGAAACACUGUUACAGCUAACGGUUCCGACAAUGUUUGUACAGGGCAGCAAGGAUACUCUCUGUCCACUUGAGAAGUUAGAAGCCACUAGGAAGAAAAUGAAAACCCCCAAUGAGCUGCAUGUCAUUGAUGGUGGUGACCACUCCUUCAAGAUUGGUAAGAAGCAUCUGCAAGCAAAUGGUUCCACCCAAGAAGAAGCUGAAGAUCACGCCUUGAAAGCCAUUGCAGCUUUCAUUUCCAAGUCUCUUGAUGGACAAUGAAUGUGCGUGUAUAUUGUCGGGUAUGUAAUGUGUAUUGUAUCUUGCUUGGUUUUAAUCUAAGCCUUCUUGUCAGUUAAGCUGUAAUUAUAUCUUCUGUAAUUUGGCUUUGAGUUCCUUGUUAGCAGAAUAGACACUUUAAUUGACAGACAUACUUGAUAAGGAGAGUUCUAGUUUUUAACCAAAUGCCGUUUUUUAUA